UCCCCUCCCAAAAAAGGGAGAGAGAGAGAGAAAGGAAACGGAGAUGAAUUUCCAGUCGAGCGUCCCGGGGUCCGGUCUCUCGCAGCAGUCGCAGCCAGCCAUGCCCACCCCAGGCACGGUGCCGGCGCAGGUCCCCGUCCCGGUGCCCCAGUCCAUCCCGUCCCAGUUCGGAUCCGGAUCGUCCGCGAGCUCAGGCGCCGGCCAGUUCGGUUCGGGCACCGUCUCGGGCCAGGCUGCCCAGCCCGGCUCCGCGGGCUCGCAGUUUGUUUUGUCCAACUCGGCCGCCAUCCGGGCGGAGAUCCACCGGUUCGAGUCCGUCCACCCGAACAUUUACGCCAUCUACGACCUGAUCGAGCGCAUCGACGACCUGGCCCUGCAGAACCAGAUCCGAGAGCACGUGAUCUCCAUUGAAGACUCUUUCGUCAACAGCCAGGAAUGGACGUUGAGUCGGUCCGUGCCGGAGCUCAAAGUGGGCAUCGUGGGAAAUCUGUCCAGCGGGAAGUCAGCCCUGGUCCACCGGUACCUGACGGGCACAUACGUGCAGGAGGAGUCUCCUGAAGGUGGACGCUUCAAGAAGGAAAUCGUGGUGGACGGCCAGAGCUACCUGCUCCUGAUCCGAGAUGAAGGAGGGCCUCCGGAGUUGCAGUUCGCCGCCUGGGUGGACGCCGUUGUGUUCGUCUUCAGCCUGGAGGACGAGAUCAGCUUCCAGACGGUCUACAAUUACUUCCUGCGUCUGUCCAGCUACAGGAACACCGCCGAGGUCCCCAUGGUCCUCGUGGGAACUCAAGACGCCAUCAGCGCCGCCAACCCCAGAGUGAUCGACGACUCGCGGGCCAGAAAGCUGUCGAACGACCUGAAGCGCUGCACGUACUACGAGACCUGCUCCACCUACGGCCUCAACGUGGAGAGAGUCUUCCAGGACGUCGCCCAGAAGGUCGUGGCCAUGAGGAAAAAGCAGCAGCUGUCGAUCGGCCCGUGCAAGUCCCUGCCCAACUCCCCCAGCCACUCGUCCGUCCCCGCCGCCUCCAUCCCCUCGGUUCACAUCAACCAGGCGGCCAACGGCGGGGGCGCAUUCAGCGACUACUCCUCCUCCGUUCCCUCCACCCCCAGCAUAAGUCAGCGGGAGAUGCGCAUCGAGACCAUCGCCUCCUCCAACACGCCCACGCCCAUCCGCAAGCAGUCGAAGCGCCGCUCCAACAUUUUCACAAUUUGUGCUUCUGUUUCCAACCUUCCUUCAAACAAAAAAAAAAAAAGGGCUUUCCAACUCCUUCCGAAUCCGAGUCAGAGUCCACCUGCUGCUUCGCCAGUCAGGAUAGAGAGGAGGUUGUUUAAGGCUGACCGACAGCCCGUCGCUGUGCUGUGAGGCAUUCUGGGUAAUAAUGCACGGAACUUGCACUAGACGGAAACCGUAGGACCCUUUCCCCCCCCCCCCCC